GUUGUAAAAGUGAAACAUUGAGCAUUGGUACAUUGAAAGCGGCAAAGCUGGCUUGUUGUGUGUGCAUUAACCUGUUAAACUGAAACCAUUAUGUCCGCCCCAAGUACCCAAAGUAAUUUGGAUAGACGCGAUGAAAUGGAAAGAAAAAUUAAAGCCGGCACCUACACAUUAGUCGAAGUGCAGCGGGACAACUACAGAAGUCCGGUGUGGAAUGUUUUUCGUAAAGUUGCCAAUGAACAUGGAGAUAUUAUCAACAAUACCGUGUUUUGCCAGCAUUGUCAGCAUAUCCUUCGAUGUCAUGGCAAUAAUACCUCCAGCUUAAUGCGUCACACCUGCUUCACGAAGAGAAAACAUGAAAUGUUGCAGGAAGAUACUGCAAUGCUACGAUUCAAACCGAAUCCACCAAGCGAAGAUCAGCCAGCAUUUGAAGAGGGUUUCGAUUUGGAACUUUUUCAAACAACCAUCUUUAAGAGUCUGAAGAAUGGUGUCUACACCUUGGAGUCCAAUAGAAAUUCUCAAGAUGCCAUAUGGACAAAAUUUGCCUUCAUUGCCAUGAAUGGGGUCAGUGGCAGCAAGCUGAAGCAUGUGGUAUGCUGUCGUCAGUGUUUGAAGGUCUUGAAGUAUAAUGACAAAUGUGAGGAUAAUCUGAGGGAGCAUGAGUGUCAGGGUAACGCAGGGGAAAAAUGUAUUAUUAGAACCUGCGAAAAGUCAGAUAUUCAACGAGAAAAAGAGGUGCAAAGGGAUAUAAAGGAAAAACUGAAAAAUGGUGUUUAUAAAUUAAUGCAAAAACAACAUGCCAAAAGCAAUGUAUGGAAGCUAUAUGCCCUCAUAGCCAAAGAUGAAAAGACCCUAGUUAAGGACUAUGUCUAUUGUACAGCUUGUUCCUUGGUAAUGGCCUUUCGCGGCAAGUGCACCACCAAUUUAAGACGCCACAAAUGCUAUGACGAAGGAGGCUACAGGGAGGGCAAAGAGCCCAGGGAGGAGAACAGCAAGGGCAUUCCUGAAGGUGUGCUCACAAUGACUCCCUGGCCAUUUGGUGAACAAUUUGGUUUUGCACCAUUCCCCACAGAAGUAAAAGCUAAGCCGCCCAAGAAAAGUAAAUUUGAUUUUGGCAUGAAAGUCUUGCAAAAAGGAGUUGGAUAUCAUAUCAAAUCUGGCACUUAUAAAAUCAAUGCCAAUCGUAUAUCCAACAGUCCUUUGUGGAAGGUUUAUGGUUUUAUAUCCAAAGAGGAUGGUUCCACCCUAAAUGCCAUGGUGUGUUGUCGUCAGUGCUUCAAGGUAUUGAAAUACGAGGGAGGCACAGAUGAUAUGGAUUUGAAAGAACAUGCUUGCUACAAAAAAAUGUUUGAUCAAGAUGAGGUAUCGCAAGAGACGGGAAAUUCUAGAGAGGUUACUUGUGAUGAAUCAGAAAUUCCUAUAAAAGACGAGAUAGAAAUUGAGGAAGCCCGACCCAUGAUGAGCUACGAACAAGACAUGGCAGUGAAUAUAAAACAGGAAAUGGAGUUUGUGGAUGAGGAGGAGCCAACUACUUCGUUGGCAUGUACACAUAAUAACUUUGACAUCGAAGAGCCAUCUACUGCGUUGCCCACAACAUGUGUGGAAGCUCCAAAAGUUGUUAUCCAAGACAACUUUAAACAUGAUUUUUCGGUAGAGACCCCUCCAACCGUUUUAAAUGAAGCUGCAAUGGAACAUACUCCAACCCUUACAAAUGAAGCUGCUGCCUACCAUCCCUUUUUUGUCAUCGAAGAACUUGAUGAUAGUUCUGAGGUUCAAGUUAAAAAGGAAAUUGGAGAGCUGGAGGAAAAUCAACCACCUCAUAACAGCUUAGGCAAUGAAGCCACAGUUAAAAGCGAAUAUGUUUUAAAACCUGAAACUAAGCUGAAUAUGACCCCUGGAAAUUUAUUAAUUGAUGUAACUACUAACAGCCCUUUAGAAGAUAAUUCUAGAAUUUUGCUGGACAAAGAUCUUGAGUUUGAUAACAAGCAGCAUAUACUACAACAAAACAUUGAAACUGGUUUAUAUCGCCUUAAGGAUAAGCAUCCAACAUCUAAUGCAGAGGGUAUAUGGCAAAUUUUUGCCUUAAUAGAGACUGAAGAUGGCUCCAGCACUGAGCCUUGGGUAUAUUGUCGCAUAUGCCAUAAACUUUUGAGAAAUUUGGAAAGAAAAUAUUCCAAUUUAAGUCGUCAUGCUUGUUUUACCAAGACUUUGAAAAAAGUUAAUAGCGAAGAUAAAACUCAGGCCUUUAAACUUUUUUCAAAUAUGCUGUUGUAUAAUGACAGCUUGGGUCUGGAUGCCACAGAAAGUGCUGGCUUUCAUCAAGUCAUUCGUUUUUGUCUGCAACUUGGUGCCAAAUAUGGAGAAAAUGUGGAUGUGCAAGAUCUUAUGCCCCCCAAAAAAGAGCUAACACAAAAUCUACAACAAAUGGCUGAGGCUCAAAUGACCCUAGCCAAGUUGAAAAUUAAGCAGCUAACAGGUGAUAUGGGUUGCAUAACUAUUGACUGGCUAAGCGAUGGUAUAGGCCAAAGGAAGUUUCUGAUACCAACUUUGCAUUACUGUAAAGAAUAUCGUUUGCAAAGCUUAACCUUGGGGGCCAAAUCUUUGGAGUUUUCGGAAAUUAAUGCAAAAACUAUACGCAGCCAGCUGGAAAGCUUGCUUAAGGAGUUUGACUUGGCAAUUAAGGUGUUUGUCCACCAGAAAGAUGAACAAAUUCAAAAAGCCUUGGCGGAAGAAUCUACCCUGCUCAUCUGUUUCAGUUCCCUACUAACACAGGUCUUGGAUGCAGCCAUUGUUAUGAGCUGUAAACUAAAUGAAAUAAAGGAAGCCAUACAAACCAUACUAAAGCUUUGUGAAAAUAGCAUAGAAUUGGAAUUUUUGAAAAUUCCUCCAAAAACUCCUUACAGCUUGUUUAGGACCCUAACCCAUAAUUGGUCAAUCAUCAAGACAUAUUUAAAUGAAAAUUCUUCACCCCCAAUUCUAUCUUCCGCAAUCAUUUAUACUCUGGAAAACUUGGUAGAGCUUUGUCAAAAAUUUGAAUUUAUCUACAAAAAGCUACAGGAGUCUCAUUUACCUUCACUGUGCUUUGUUAUACCUUCACUAAAUCGCCUGCAAGUUUUGUGCAAACCCUCAGCCAAAGAUUGCCUCGAAAUGGUGACCUUUAAAGCAAAUAUUAGCCAGAACUUGGAGAAAUUAUGGUUACCCAAUAUCACCAUAUGGCAUAAGACUGCCUAUUUUCUAUAUCCCCCAGCAAAUCAUGAACAAGCUGGGGAUUUGGGUAUUAUAAAGGAAUUUUGUCUUCAGCAAAUGCUAAACAUAAAACAAAAUCUUAAAGUAGAAGAACCAAUUUCAAAGGACAAUGUCACCGACGAGCCUUCUCAACAGAGCCUGAUGAAUACAGAUGACAUUAAUUUCUUUUUUCCCAAUCUACUUAAACACUCAACAGCAGAUGGAGGUGUGAGCAGCCCACCCAAUGGCAGCAAUGCCCAAGAGCAGCUUAACUCUUAUAUAGCCGAAAAUGUGCCAAUACAAGAGCAAUUCGAUGUUAUGGCAUGGUGGCAAGCAAAUACCUACAGAUUUCCCCUCCUAUCACAGUUAGCCCUUAAAAUAUUAACCAUACCGGCUAGCGUUAAGGGUGAGGCUAGUUUAUUGCCAUUGGCAAAGGGUAUUUUAAAUGAUUAUGAGAGUAGUUGCAUGCCUAGGAACUUGAGUAAUGUCUUAUUUCUAAAUUCCAUAAGACAAAAUGAUGACUUUUAUAAAAAAAAGUUGUAAUUAAUACAUAGAAAAAUAAAAAAUCAUAAAAUUACGAAUAA